AAGGGUACUUAUAAAAAUAAAAAUAUGCAAAAUGAAAUAUAAAUCAAUUUUUACUUGCACUUUCCCUUUGUCUCAAAAUACUUAUUUCUGCUAGUAAGUGGGUAUUAUAUUUGACAAUAUUUUUUUAUUUGAAAAUUAAUACAUUCUGCCGCAUUGGAGGGCAUUAAUAUUAGGGCUACAUUAAACAUUCACACAAUAUAUACAUACAAAUGAUAACUAAAAUAGAGAUAAAAGAAAAAAGAGUUGUGGAAAGUAAAAUAAGAAAACUAACAUACAUAGGUAAAAAAAUAAAUAAAUAAGAAAAUAGAGAGAAGUUAAUGAAAUUGAAAUAUAUAAAACACAUUUACACCUAUAUACAAUAUUUACAUUCGCCCAGAGGAUUCUGAGUCAUGCUUUGUCCCCCAAAUGUGGAAGCCAAGGCAGGACACCAGGAGAUCCCAGUGCUUCUCUCCCAGCCGCGUCACUGGUAUUGCAAGCCAUUGGAGACUGAUAGAGCAACAGAGGCUCAGGACUUGGUGGAAAAUCUGGCCAUUGCCAGUACUCCAAUAUAUAUAUAUAUAUAUAUAUUUAGAAAAGGUCGCAGGGCCACUGUAGUUUUAACCUCCGGGGAGGAUUGUAGGGAUGGCUGGAGCUAGAUAGGGAUUGUGCUACAGGAUUUGGAUGAUGAGUGAGUUCCUCGUGAAAUUUGGAAAGUACUUGACAAUAUAGUCCUUAAAAGUGGCGAUCCUAGUUUUCAUCAACAAUAGCUCUACAAUUUAGUAGAAUAAACAUUAUAUUUCAUAAACACUAAUUACAUAAUCCUGAAAAUGAGAUCUUUAAGUGUAACUAUUCUUAUUAAUGUAUGUCAAUUUAACAAAGAUGUUCUACAUUUGACAAUUCACAGUUUAUUGAAAAAGUUAUAUUAACAAAUGUAUUGUUGCUUUAUUAGAACAGAUAAAGCAACAAUACAUUUAACAGUUGUUUCCUGGUUUUACUUAUUUAGUUUUUAAAAUAAGUACAGCUCAGUGAAUAUAGUGCACAUUAUUAAAUAUUUUUGAAAUCAGAAAAUGUCAUUGACAAUCAAGUCAAGUAAUCCAUGUAAAACUUUCUUUAGAGAAUUGCUAAGGGCAAUUUUUCGCACAAAAACAACAACUCAUGAAUACUCAAAGUUAUCCAAAAUAUUAGACAUGUUUGAUGUAACUAUGCUCGGGCUUGGUACAACAAUCGGGAUGGGAUCAUAUAUAUUCAUUGGAUUUUAUGCUCAAGAAAUCGGACCAGCUAUGAUUAUAUCACACUUUCUCGCUGCAUCAAUAUCUUUUAUGAAUGCCCUAUGUUAUGCUGAAUUCGUUUCACGUGAACCUGGAAGCGGAGGUGCCUAUAGUCAAGCUUAUUACUUGUUGGGUGAAUUCCUUGCGGCAAUCAUUGGGUGGUUGCUUGCUGCAGAAAAUAUUGUAGGAUCAGCACUAUCAGCUCGUGGUCUAAGUGAAGUAAUAGACAAGUGUGCUGGCAACCGAAUAAGUGGUUAUUUGAAAAGCUAUAUGACAUUUAAAACUCCUAUUUUAGCCGACUAUCCAGAUGUUGCAGCAGUUUUGAUUGAGCUCACCAUUUUAAGUUCAGAAGUUACAGAACCAGAACGAACAAUUCCUAUUUCAUUGCUUUUAUCAGUAAUAAUCGCUACUGUCCUGUACUUGUUUCAAAGUUUUACAUAUACACUAGUAUGGCCAUAUUGCGAUCAGGAUACCACUGCACCAAUUCAGCAUACUAUGACAAGCAUCGGCAUGGAUAUUAUGAAAUGGGUAACCACUGUAGGAUGUCCCAUAGGUCUUCUAGGAAAGUAA